GUGCUGGGGUGGAGGGACGAAGCUGCCUGCCCUUCACUGCCUCUGCUGAAGUGAGUCUCGCCUAUAAAUUGGGAGCAGGAGGGGCUCUCCCCGCAGCGGCAGUGAGACGGAGCUCGGGCGGCUGAGGCUGGGAGGUUAAGCCCCGUUCACAGCCCGUGUCCCCAGCAGAAACGGCAGGGAUGAGAGUGGCGGUGGUGGGUGCAGGCGUCAGUGGGCUGACGGCCAUCAAGUGCUGCCUGGAUGAAGGGCUGAAGCCCACCUGCUUCGAGCAGAGCCGAGACAUCGGGGGGCUCUGGCGCUACACGGAGCACAUUGAGGCUGGUCGGCCAAGCCUCUACCCGUCGGUCAUCAGCAACACCUCAAAGGAGAUGUCAGCGUUCUCUGACUUCCCCUACCCUGAGGAUUUCCCCGUGUUCCUGCCCAACGCCCGGCUCCUGGACUACCUCCGGCGCUACGUUGAGCACUUCGGCCUCCGGGAGCACAUCAAGUUUGGGACCACCGUUGUCAGCAUCCGGAAGCGCCCUGACUUUGCCACCACGGGCCAGUGGGAUGUGGUUACAGAGGCAGAUGGGAAGCAGACAUUGCACGUCUUUGAUGCUGUUAUGGUUUGCAGUGGCAAUUUCUCUGAGCCAUCCCUCCCUCUGCACUGUUUUCCUGGCAUUGAGAAGUUUCAAGGCCAGUACUUUCACAGCCGGCAGUACAAGCAUCCUGACGUGUUUCAGGGGAAGCGUGUCCUCGUGGUUGGCAUGGGCAAUUCAGGAGUGGACAUCGCGGUGGAGGCCAGCCGUGUAGCUACGAAGGUGACCAUUUGCACUGGCCGAGGUGCCUGGGUGCUCAGCCGUGUGUUUGACCAUGGUUACCCAUGGGACAUGGUUUUCAACACUCGCCUUAUGAGCUUGAUCAGAAACAGCCUCCCUGGACCACUUUCAAAGGCGUUAAUUAACUACAGGGUGAACCAGUGGUUCAAGCAUGAAAACUAUGGCCUUCAACCAGAGAAGAGCUGCCUGGUGCGGGAGCCUGUGCUGAACGAUGACCUUCCAAGCUACAUCCUGACAGGGAGGAUCACCAUAAAGCCGAGUGUGAAGGAGUUUAAGGACAACUCAGUUGUCUUCCACAAUUACCCUGAGGAGGAGCCCAUUGAUAUUGUCGUCUUCUGCACGGGCUACAAUGUCUCUUUCCCGUUCCUAGAAGAAGCAGUUGUCAAAGUGGAAAACAAGCAUGCAUCCCUCUACAAAUAUGUGUUCCCAACCCAUCUGCAGAGGCCCACCCUGGCUGUCCUUGGGUUGAUCAAGCCAUUUGGAGCCAUCAUGCCCGUGACAGAGAUGCAAGCACGCUGGGUGACCCGUGUCUUCAAAGGCUUGUGUCAGUUGCCUCCUCAGUCUGUCAUGGAGAAGGAAGUAAAUGAGAAGAAGAAAAACCAAGUGCGAUGGUUCGGUCUGUCCUUUGAUGAAGUCCUGAAAACCGAUUGCCUGGUCUACAUGGACAAGCUCGCCUCCUUCAUUGGCGCCAAGCCCAGCAUGCUGGGGCUGCUCUGCAGGGACCCCCAGUUGGCUCUCACUGUUUUCUUUGGCCCCUGCACCCCCUACCAGUACCGGCUGGGUGGUCCUGGGCGUUGGGAGGGGGCACGCCAGGCCAUCCUCACCCAGUGGGACCGGACCCUGAAGCCCACAAGAACACGAGUCCCCACCAGCUCCUCCAGCAUCUGCCCUUCUCUUCUGACUGCAAUGGGGCUCCUCCUGCUCCUGGUUGCUGUGGUUUUGGGUUUCCAGUAGAUUGUGAAGCUUCUUUAGGUUUUUUCUCGUCCUUGGGGAGGUUGCCUCAGGUCAGACAGUUCCUCAGGGUGCCACGGGGCAGGGGCUUUUAGCAGAUCGCUAAAACUUUAAUCAGCAGCACAAACCUCUCUCUUCCAGCUCACCCCUGAGCACAGCUUUGCAGACCUGAUUAGCCGAGGAGGGGGGACUCCUCCCAGCAUUCAUCACCCCUCUGCUGACCUCCUGCCUGCUGCCAUGAGCAGAGCACAGCUGUGUGGCAUGGUCAUGCCCAAACCAUGCUGGCCAGGAGGGAGCAGGGACAAGACCAGCAAAAAAUGGCUAUGGGUGUUGCAGCCAGAAAGGAGCAUGGGAACCCAGUCCUCUCCCAAAUCAGCUGGGAACUGCGGUCUUUAGUCCAGCAAGGGGUUAUCUGGGCUGGGUAAGCAGAUCAGGCUGUCUCUUCUUCUGACUUGAAACCCUAUAAACCAAAAAUCCCAGUUUGGGUUGAAUCGGUGCAUCUUUCUGGGGAGGAGACCCUGGAGUGGUUUGUCACCAGUGAGACUGGGCUGGCACCCCAUGGGGCUGAGUGCUCCUGCCCCUGCUUCCCUGCGUUCCAACAUCACUGGGUCCCAGGACUUCCCUUUGUGCGCGGAGAGACUUUCCAUCAAUAAACUUUCCUUGGCCAUG